CACAUACGGGCAGGUUGGUGGUGGUGGUGUGUGUUCACUGCUCAGAUUGUGUUCUGGAGACGGGUACAAAAGGAUUUCACACAGCUGCUGGGUUUCCCAACACAGAUAUGGACGUCCCGGAUUCUCCUCACGGGAACAUGGGGCUGUUACGGACCUUUGACUGCUCUGAGUUUGGCAGCUGGGAGAAAAUAGGCUCAGGUGGAUUUGGACAGGUAUACAAAGUGCGGCACGUACAAUGGAAAACAUGUCUGGCUAUCAAGUGCCCUCCCUGCCUUCAUGUGGAUGACAAGUAAGUUACAGACACAUACUUAUCUUUAAAAUUAUGCACAAGAUAGAAGAAAUGAGUUUAAAAAACACCUCCAAGCAUACUUUUAAUCCAACUUUGUCCUGUUUUUUUAAGGCUUUGAGUGUUAAAGUGUCUUCUUUUCACUUUUUAGUUUCCUUUUUCUUUUUAAAAACCAUCUCCUGUCCAAAAAAGAAGCUUUAAAUCAUGAAUGAUCUGUGGGAAAGUCAUAGCCCAUGAGACCUUGAGAGGUUGAACUCUAUGAAUUGUGUGUGAGUCAUUCCUUCGCUGCCUGUCUGGAGCCAUAAAGGUGCCUGAGCAGCAAACAAGAGGCCAGGAUUUAGAUAUGUAGACAGAGGUAUAUGGUGUUGCAUGAGGCACUGAUAUGCUGAUUCAUCCUCAGGGGUAAAGUAAGUCCAUAUUGCUCAGAGCCACAGCUGUUUACAUAUUUAAAACAGACCUGAAUGUGAAAGGUUCAAGCUGUUUCCCCCCUCAAUCAGCAGUGUUUUUUUCAUUAAACGGCCUCGGGGAGGGGCUGAUUUAAAUGGAUGAAAUUUAAAACAAAACAAAACAAGAAAAGCAGUGUGGUGGUCUUAUGCCUCAAAAUAAUGCAAGAAAUGGCUAAAUCUUUGCAAAAUCCUCACAUGAGACAUUUUUCAUGAGACAAAAUUUCCAUGCAUGGAUCUAAAAGAAAAAUAGGUCCUCUGCUCCGUUUGCACUUACUCAACCUGUAAAUAAGCUUUUCCUGAAGUUUGACUCUGUCUGCAGGACAGAAAUGGAACUCCAUGUAACAUAUAACUGUCAAAAGUAGGAUAAGAUUUUUUGACCAGGGACACUACUUCAGCUUUUAAAGAAAGAAAAAAGUGACGCCUAAAUUGCCUAAAAGUUCCUCACAGGAGCUUUAGCCAACACACAGUGGUUGUGAUUUUAGCAUUGACUUAGCUUUUUGCCACCAUAUCUGGUGGGACUAGAGGCAUCUGAAAUAAGGAUAUUUAAUCUCUAUGAACUUUUUUUUUUUUUUUUGGAUCUUUAAUUUAUCAAAGCUAAGAUGGAAAGUGUUGUUUGUCACAUGUCUAAAGAAAGAGACUGGAUUGCCCCUCCAAAAGCUUUAAAACAUGUCAUCCAAGCUUUUAAAAAUGAUAAAGUUAACAAAAAGAAAAAAUAGCUAUUUCAACACCUUGGGGGAAAAAAAGCCACUGUCAUUGUCUCCAGAUUCUGCAGGGCAACAUUUGGCAUGUUUUUAACCCACCAACUAAGAAAAACAAAAGUAAAAAUCAUGGAUUAUCAUUAGAAAUGUCUAAGAGAAGAGUUGAUUCUGUCAUGCAAAUUUAGACACCUGCUGACCCUGAACCAGCUGACUUUAUCGCUAAAAAGCUCAUAUAAACACUUUCAUAAGUGUCAAAAGCUACAGAGGAGGACUUUUGGUUUUUGUUGAUUUGGGUGUCCCCUGUGGGCAAAGUGACAGCUCUUAUUCUACAUAAGUGAAAGUUGUAUUGUCAGAAGAGAACCUCACCCUAGUUUCUUUUAACUGUGACAUUUAUCACUCACUUGGUGUAUUUGCUACACCUACAACCUCACAGUGUAUUUAAGCAAUACAAAUGAUAGUUUAAGUUAUUAGACUCAUUAUAGAUGAUCUUGUUUGCUUUUGAAAGACAAAAAGAGGGGUCACAGUAUCAGUACAAGCCUGUUUCCCAACCGUACCUUUUAAAUACCAUAAAACUUUUAAACAGAAGUGAUAACUAAAUGAACAAAACUACUACUGACAUAAACUUCGAUAUCUGACUAAGUGUUAGGUGACCACCCUUAAAAACUUAAACUCCAUAAAGUUUAGAUAGAAUGAAACUGUCACCAAAUGGUUCAGAAACGAUACAAGUAACAGAAUCUUUAGAUUUCAAUAAGGGCUGUCACGAUAUACUGACAUCCACGAUAACCAUCUUUUGAUAAAUUGACAUAAAAAUAAAAAAAUAAACACACAACAGGCAAUAUUAUGAGUCUAUAAAAGUGGUCGAUACUGAUUAUACUGUUUUAGAAAACGGAGAAGAAGAAAAGAAGAAGAAGAAGAAGAAACAGCUGCUAGCGAGCUAGCAAUAGCAGCUUUCUGUGAGUUGAUUAUAUUAGAACAUUUUUACUGUUUAACUGUUAUUUGUGUUUUCAUUCAGUUCAUCAGUUUACAAUCUUUUCAAUGUAGCAUCUAUGUCAAAGCUAAAGCAUUGCUUUACAAAGCUUGUUUUAAGACUACCAGAAAACAAGAUAAAAAAUAGCUAAGGCAUAGAUACAUUUUUAGAGAUGGAUUAAAUAUGUAAGUUAAUUGUUUUUAUUAGAAAAGCUUCACAAGUGAUGUGCUACUCCACCCUUAUUUUGCCAUGUCCCAGUUUGACUGAUUUUGUUGUUUUAUUUAAAAAUUUUCAUAGAUAUUGCAAUAUUUUAUGGCCACUUUCAACAUUGCAAAAAAAAGCAACAAAAAUGGUCCCCUGCAAUUUAAAGUGUGGUGUGACUGUGAUCCCACAAUGUUAUCAUUCUAAAAUGUCUCCAGAAAACACAAACUUUACUGCCAAAACUUGAUAAACAUAUUAAAAACAGGAAGUGGAGAUUUAAGUAUCUCUGAAAUAAAAGAAAAGAAAGCAGCCUGACAUCCUCUGCAAAACCUGCUGUGCAACUUAAUGCAUCCACUGACCCUGAACCAAAGAUGUUAUCAUUCUCAAACAUCUGCAGAGUACAUAAACAGCCAUUAGACUGUAGCCUUCAUUGACCUGAGGAUAGCAUGCAGCAGCAGGGACUCAAAGCGUCCUUUGUGUGUCCUGUGGGCUGCAGGCUGAAGGCUGUCACUGUGUGGCACAGACAAAAAGAGAAGCUGUCAAACCGGUCGGACUGGGCCUCGCUGUUAGAGCAGGGACAUUGUUGUUUGUAUCUGAGGAGCUACUCAGGCACUCUUAGGAUUAGAAGGAGGUUUUAGCAAACAAGUGCUCGCCCAGUCUCCUAAUCAUGCUGAUUGCCACUGGGAGAUUGAUCCUCCUUCACCUACAGAACAAUACGGACAAACCCCCUCCUCUAGAGCAGAACUUCAUUCGAAAUCUGAUACACUCUGAUUUUUAUAGAGUCUAAGGAGCUGCAGGUGUGUUUUGUUUGCAUCCUCUAAGUGGUGAAAAACUGAAUCUUUGGUCUAACUUUGAAGCACUUUUAUCUGCUCCUAUCUGUCCUCAUUAAGAGUUUGCAUGCCUCAAGGCUGCAGAUGUGUGCUCUGAGGUCAUGAAUGACCUGUAUGCUCCUCUUUGAGGUUUGUCAGCAGACCCAGAGCACUGAUAAAAAAACAGAGCUGUGCAAAGGUUGAGCAACAGAGAACAAGAGCUCUGUUUUUAAUGCGCUCCUCAUGCAUUACAGACCAGACUGGAAUGUCCUCAAGGCCUUGAAAACUGCCUGAGGACAAUUAAGGAAAGCAACAUACACAUACUUCACAUGAACGCUGGUAAAUAAAUGAUAGCCGUCUGCUCAGGAGGCCACACUUUCUGAGCUGCUUUGCAUAGCUGCAAGCUCAGUUAGGAUGACAUGGAGUGUGCAGGAAUUUGGGUCAGGACAACAGACUCGCUAAAUAUUACUCAAAGGUCAAAACAUGACCACAGAAUCAUCGGGUUAAUGUUUGACAUGGAGUUUUGAUAAAUGUUAGAUAAAGUGAUUAAACUACCACCAAGAACAUUUGUGUUCACCAUCUUCUUGUAUUUGGAGGAGAGACUGAAAACACAUUUCGUUACGGCGGCCCUGAAAGGUCAUCUGCAUAAACAUUUCUUGAACACAAAGACAUUUACUGAACAUUAAUCAUGUUUUAUGACCAAUGGAGACUUUCUGUAAGAAUGCAAAAAUAAUGAAACCCAAAAAGUUUGAAGAACUAAAAAAACUCUUAAACACAUAAAUGGUUUUGUAUUUCCUAAAGAAAAGAUUUUUUUUUUUAAUGGGAAAUUUUUUUCUAUUUGCUGAAAUGCUUUCUUUGUGACACUGCUGAUGAGCUGGGACACUCAUUUUGCACUUAGUGAAGUCAAAUACUGUUUUUUGAGUUUGCCGUAGAUUUGUGCAAUUUGUUAAUAACAACUUUGUCUUUUAUUUAUCAUUUUUACAUUUCAUAGAGUAUUUUGGGGUUUCAUAAAACACUUUUGCUUCUUGUGGUUUUUGUGUGCAUUCAACCAGUCUGUAAUUUUUUGGCUUUGGUCUUUAUCUUUUGAUAUGGGAUAUUUUUGCUUUUGGAAAAAUAUUUUUUCAGUUUCUUGUUUUUGUGCUUUUUUUCUUUCAUACCAUAUUUUAAAUCUUUGUGAAAUUUUUUGGCAUUUUGUGUAACUAAUUUUUUUUGUUGUUGUUUUUCUUUUGGAAUAGUUUGUGUUUUAUGACAUGUUCCUGUGAUUGUGACUAGUAAAUUGUUUUUGAAUUUCACGUUUUUAAAUCUUUUAAAAUUUUUACAUUGUUGUGCAUUUCAUUAAACAUUUUUGCUGUCACAUGAAAUACUUUGGUAAACAAUUUUGCCUUUUAUUAGAUAUUUUUUAUCUUGUUGAGUUUGUUUGUUCAGAGUUUCCUGUUUGUUUAUUUAUUUUUUUUUUUUACAUUUUUCAUUUUGUAAGAUAUUUUUCAAUACUGUGAAUAAUUUAGCAAAAUGUUUUUUUAAUGUUCUUUCCAUUUCGUAAAAUACUUCAUGUUUUAAAAAUAUUUUUGAAUUUUCUGAAAAUGUAAUAUAAAUUUGGAAAUGUUUCAAUGUUUGAUUAACUAUUUCUAUUUCUUCUUUUUUGUUUGUUUGUUUUGUUUUUUGAUUUAUGAAAAGUUUUUGCUUUAGGCGAAAUGUUCCUGGCAUUCAAAGUGUUUAUGAUGUUCUUGUAAUUGUCUUGCAGUUGACCCGCAGGUCCACAGUAGUGUCCUAAAAAUAAGCUUCUUUAUUGGUCAGUCACAGGUAGCCAAUCUGUACAUUUUGCUUUGUUCGAUUAAUGACUGUACUCUACAUGAGUCCGCCCUUCAAGUAGAGACUUUAAACUGUGAUGAAGAUAAAUUUAAACAAGAAUUUCAGAUCGUGAACUCUUUGGGAAACAAUCUUUGGGAUGAAUUAGAUGAGAAGUAGAUUCAUUUUCUCACCUGCUUCCAGUCAAACUUACUUCCUUUUCAACCACAAGUCUUUCUGCUAGCUAUUGAUACAAAUGUUAGUUUAAGCUUCUGCUAUUUGCCUUAAUUUUAAAGUAAUUGUUUCUUGAAAUAUUAUUAGGAAUAAAAGAGGGGGGCAGGAGGAGGGUAACUUAUGACAAAAAACUGUUCUUUUUUGUACCUUUUAAAUUUCUCUGACUCGCAUAACCCCGUAUCUCUUAUUUGCAGGGAGCGCUCUGAGCUGCUGGAGGAGGCUAAAAAGAUGGAGGCAGCUAAGUUCAGAUACAUCCUGCCUGUGUACGGUAUCUGUGAGGACCCUCAGGGCCUGGUCAUGGAGUACAUGGAGACUGGCUCCCUGGAGACCCUGCUGGCCACUGAGCCACUGCCGUGGGAGCUCCGCUUCCGCAUCAUUCAUGAGACUGCUGUGGGGAUGAACUUUCUGCACUGUAUGAACCCUCCACUGCUCCACCUGGACCUGAAGCCUGCAAAUAUCCUCCUUGAUGCUCACUACCAUGUCAAGGUAUAGAGAUGCAGCUUUACUUCACACCUACUCUGAAAUAUAGUCUCAAUCUAUGGGUGUAAAACAUUUUUAGUCCCCUUUGAGCAUUUUUACAGACAGUUAUUUCUUAUCUCUGUUUUAGGGUCAUUAACGCCAACAUUUUCCACCUUUUUCUUUGUUUUCUGUUGUGUUGCCAAAAUUGGUAAUGACAGAUAAAUACUUGUGGUUUCUGUUCAUAAUAGAUGCAAAACUGCAUUAGAUCUGCCAUCAACAACAUAACAAAGAAACUGCUGAAUGGGACUGUGUGGCACAAGGGACAACUUGCAAGUUAAAUAUUCCAACAAAACUAGAAACGUUAUAUUUCAAAUGCAGUUUAAAGCUUUUGUGAGGACUUUUUUUGCUGAUGGAAAAUGACUAAAGUUUUUAUUGAUGCUUUUCCAUGACCUCCAAAAACAAAACAAGACUAAAAGUUAGUAUAUUGUAACUUUUUAUGCCUGAAACUGGAUUAGGGUGGAAGGUGUCAGUGAAGGGUAUGGCUUUCAAAGUACCUCAAGAAAAAUACCAAUAUACCACUCACAAAGUGAAGGAGAGACUUUUGCCACUCUCAGUUACUGCCCUUCUCACAGAAUUAUUUAUGUGAUCUGAAAUUAUGAAAAACACUUUUUGAUCCACUUACUGUACUUGAUGACCUUGACAUUUUAAUUUAUUUGAUCACAUACAACCAGUAAAGCAAUACACACACUCAUAAACACACAACAGCUAUUGAUACACUUGAGAAAACACAGAGGUUUUGAUUUCAGUUCAGGAAUGAGGCAGAAAUAGUCUUGACUGUCAGAGACACGCUUACUAAAAGUGUGGGCAGCAGCCUGAUGUUUGGCCUAAAGGUGCUGCAGGUGGUCGAGAUGACUCCGAAGACGUGAUGAUGUUCUGAAUAUCUGCACUGCUGUGGUUCAUUUAAAAGCAAAAUGCCAAUAGAUUUCUCCAUGUUGUGUUGUUGUUUCUGUUGUUGUUUUGAUGGGUUUGCGACUGUGUGGCUGCUAACUUGACCAGGUCUCAUGAAGAUCUUCAGUGAAAGAUUUUUGAUUCCCUAAACUCCUUGGUGAAAAAAAAAAAAAAAAAAAAAGAUCUGAAAAUUGAAAAUACCAAUGGAAAAAUGUGCUGCCCAGUCAGAUUACUGAGCUGGGACUCACUUUUGUAAGUGUACUUUCAGCAAAUUAAACUAUUCAAAAAGUUUUACAAUAAGUAUGAGGCCAAAUUUGCUAUGUUUCUUAAAAAAAUGUUAGAUCUAUGUGGAUGAAUUUUGGUCCUAAUGAUCCAUAGGAUCAUUGGGUAUGAAAUGAGAAUAUAUUUAGAUUUAGAUGUGUAGAUUAUUAAGGCUUGGUAGGCUCUGGAAUAUUCUUAAAACCUAUUCUUAAAACCUAUUCUUAAAACCUAUUCUUAGAACCGGGAUUGGCUGCUUUCAGCUAAUUGCUGCAGUCUUUUUUUUUUUUUCUCAGAGACAGCAGUUGAAUAAGUAAUUAUCUGGAAAAUUAAGUGAGGGUGAGUGUACUGUGAGCAUGUGAGGAGUCCCACCCUGAAAGGAUUGUUGCAUAAGGACCUACCAGCAAGUCAAAAGUAACACAGAUCUCAAAGUUCAUUAAAAUGUAAACUUUUACCUGCUUUGCUGUCGUAAAUUAACAUUGGAUCUGACAUUUUUAUCCACAAUUCAGACUAAAUGUGCAAUUUUCUGUUGCCACUCCAAUCAGAUGCAGAAAAUAACACCUCCUGUUGUCACAUCCCUUACUGAUUUUCAUUUUUAUCUCCUUGAGUCUUGUUUCUCUGGUCAGCUGUAAACCACAAUCUAGGGCUGUUUUUCUUUUUUCACACCUGUGGCAUUUGCUUUUUCUCUAUUCAGAUUUUAUAAAUGAUGAAAUUGUCAGUUUUUUUCUCUUGCACCUGAAGCUGGCCAGAACACAUACCAUUACAGGGCUGUCUUUGCAUCCUCACAUCACAGUCUCAUUUUCCAACUGUGUAGGUAAAGUUUGAUUAAAUGAAAAGGACUGUGUAUUCCUAUGUGGCAAUGAAAAAGUAAAUUAUAAUAUAUAAUUAUAUAGUAUAAUUUGAACCCAUUGACCAUACCAAGUGUUCAGCCAUUCAGAAUAGAAAUAAACUGUUAUGUGCACCCGCUACAUGGGCAAAAAGGGGGAAGAGCUUAAAAGAAUUAGAUAUUUGUGGAACUUUGAAUACAUUUUUCAAAAAUUAGUUAUUCCCCCUGUAUAUUUGUGUUGGCCUCUACGUGUAUGUAUAUAAUGUAUAUAAGUAUACAUAACUUAGCAGGUAGAGCGGUCCUCCAACAACUGGAAGGUUGGCAGUUCGAGUCCCCCCUAUCCCUAGUCUGUCUGUUGUAUCCUUGAGCAAGACACUUGACCCACCUUGCUCCCAGUGUAUGUCCUUUGCUGGUGUAUGCAUGUCGCUUUGGAUAAGAGCGUCUGCUAAAUGACAUUGCAACUUACUGUAACAUUGUAACGUAUGUACUUGAAUUGUUAUGGUGGUCUUUGUCAGAUUUGUGUAAUGUCACUCUGUAAAAUAAGGAAAAAAACAGCACAGGUGAAAGGAAAACCUAGCGUAGAUGAGAAGAGCUGGUGUUACAAUUUAAUUUAAUUAGUAAUCUGGCAAUCAAAAGUGUCAGCAGUACUCAUGGUUACAGCAACCACUGAAACAAUGAAAGAGUCCUGGUAGAUCUUUUUUUUUUUUCCUUUUUUUUUUUCUUCAUUAAUAAUGUGUAUAAUUAUUACUUUAUUACAGUACUAAAGGCAUUUCAUGGCUACCCAUUUGGCUGAAUGUCACCACUUGACAGGGUCACUGUUUACUCCAUAACAUCAACAUCAACCUGUUUGGGUUGUUGUCGUUCAAGCAGAGCGUCAUCACAGCGACUCUCCCACUGAACGCUACUGCGCAAAUGCUGGUUUCAGGAAAUAGAGCAAUCCCGGAACUACCGAGAGUAAUUUGGCUUCAAAUUCAUACAAUGACGGGAGACAGGGUGUUUGGUCAGCAUUUGAAGGAGAGAAACUGAUAGCGAUCUACUUAACCUGUGUCGAACAGCUUUCAACAGACUCCUACAGCAGUAUGGGAGCAGCUCGGCUAAAAUGGAGGUUCAACUUAUUAGCAGAGCAAAUUCUCUCUAAAUCAAUGAGUUUGAUCAAAUCCUAACACCGGUUCUCCAGCUGUUAUUAAAAAGAUGGAGAGUAAUGAUGUGAGUAAUGUUAACCCAUCACACUACUAUCACUACUGCCAUGCUAAAUAUCAGUUGAAAUUGCCUGUAGCUGUAUAACUGUAUCUGUACUUGCCUACUACUAUGAGUGUGUUGUGUCAAGCAGCUUUUGAUCCUUUUUUUAUGGUUGAGUGUGUUCUCACUAGAAAGAACAAUAAUGGAUUUGACUGAAAACCAGCUGAGAAACCACUUCUCUUAGAGGAUUUUGCCGGCUGGGAUAUCUCCGUGCAGACCUUUCCAAACAAUUUAUUUAAAUUUUUUAUUCUGUGUAAUCCACUGGAAAGUAGCCAUAACAGAAAUCAGUCAGAAUGGAUGAUGUCUGUCAAGGGUUUUGAUCGGUCAGAAUCAGGUGGCUGUUGGGUGACUGGUAAGGAAGCUGGUAUGACUGUUUUAGUUGCUGUAAAACAGUCUCUUUUUCAAAGUCAUUAGCAGUUUUAGAGAAAUUUCAGAGUGGAGGUAGUUAUUUGGCCUUCCUCUGACUCUCUGACAUUCAAAGCUGACAGCUGUCUCCUUGCUGUUCAACCUCUCAGCAGCUCCUCAGUACUGAAAGCGAGGGGCGGAAACCUCCAUCUUUGGAGUUUAAUACCUGGAUGUAAACACCUCACCUGGGCCUGUCUGGACAGGAUUGAUUUUCCCUCCUGUCACUGUGUGCGUGUGUUUGUGUGUGGGUGUGUGCUCUGUUUAACGUGAAGGCCUCUCCUCUGCUGCAGGCUGAGACAUGGCAGCGUUGCCCUCAUACAGUGCUCAUAAUGAGGGUUUAGCAGCAUGUCACACUCACGGGGCAGAGUGAGUCACCGCUGUCACGCUGCUACUAGAGAAAAGAAGACAUCUGUUUGAUCAUCUUAUCUGAUUUCUCUAUUUCUCUCUGUCUGUCCCAGAUUUCUGAUUUUGGCCUGGCUCGCUGGAAUGGUCUGUCUCGGGCUGAUGACAUCAGCAGAGACGGCUUCUGUGGUACCAUCGCCUACUUGCCACCUGAGAGUAUCAUCGAGAAGGACCGGGUGUCGGACACCAAGCAUGAUGUGUACAGGUGAGGGGUUUUAGAUGUUCUCACGCAACAAUUUUGUGAUUAUAAUAGUUUUUGCUUUACCUACUUCCGCACAUUUGGUCAACAACACAAAGACAAAUCAUUUUAAUGUUCUUCAAGUGUCCACAAAACAUAGAAGUUGUACUUAUUCCAGAGCUCAAUUCACACAUCAUAGAAAUAUGUACUUAUAACUAAUCUGAUGUUGUGUUCAGGUAACCAGUUAAUUCUGUGUUAUGUUUGGGUACAACAGAUAACUUAAAGUUGCAGCAUGAAGUUGGCAAAUAUUUCUGCAUAUGUUUAACUAGGUCACUUGAUUAUCAAAAUAGCUGUUUUUAAUCAAAUAAGGGAGUAACAGUUAGCUUAAAACAUUUAAACACUGUUGCCAAUUGCCGGAGAAGAACUCAGAUCUUAAGGAGUCUUUCCAUAUACAAAACAUAUAAUUCACCCACAUGAAAAAAUGUAUUCACAUUCGAUGUGAAUACAAAAUAACAGCACUAGUUUUUAAAGACAAUGUGAGGGUUGACAUUUUUAAUGGUAAGCAAAGGUACUUAGAUAAAACAUAGAUAUGCCUGUUUCCUGAAAUUAUAUGUAUUCAUAUUUCCCUUCUCCUGAUAUUUUCUAAGUUUUUGUUCCUCCUCUAUUCCAGCUUCUCCAUUGUCAUCUGGGGGAUCCUCACACAGAAGAAACCAUACCAAGGUGAGACUUUGAAAAUGACUGAGGAUUUCUUUUGGGUUGUUUUUCUUUUUGAUUUUGAACAGAAAUUCAAAGAUACUCAAACCAAGGAGCCGCAGUGAAAAAUCAAAUCAGCAGUGUGACUUAACAUCUCCCAUACCUCCCUAGUGUUUCCCGUCACAUGUACAGUUAGCCACACACUGACUAUGUUUACAUGCACAGUAUGUAUUCUGACCAUAUUCUGGUUAAGACAGUAUUCUAGAUAAGGUGUUUUUGUGUUCUAACAGAGUGUUGAGCUGCAGGAAAAUUUCUGUUUGAUCAGCAUAAACAAAUUAACCAGCAAUUAGUUGUUAUGGUAGCAAUCAUAACAUCAUGUUGUCUGAAUACAUCUAACAUUUUUCUGUUGCAAACAACGCAAUACUGUGUUCUCAGACUGCCUGCUUUAGAACUAUAGUGCAAUGUUUUUGUAGCAGUUAUGUGCCUCAAUCUGAUGAAAACCCUCAUUCUCACCGAACAAUGGCAGAAGACAUGAGGAAACAGCAAAGAGAUGAUGUACUUAUAUUAUUACAUGUUAGUUUAUCUUGUCAUUAAGUAAUAUCGUUUUGAUUAUAUUCUUUGAUAUGUUUGUUAUAUUGUGGUGGUUUUGCCUAUUUAUAAAUUUCAUUAUAUUCAAAUCUUUCAUAAAUUGAAUCAGUAGAUUUGUGUCAUUCCCACCUCGGAAAUGCAAACCUUUGCCCACGCUUCUUACCAUGUCUGAACAUGUGCAGUUGUAGUUCCAUGAGGGGACUGCAAAUGUAUUUAUAUGACCUGAUAUUAAUACAGGCAGUUCCCUGGGGUCUUUUUUGCUACUAUUAUGAUUAAUACAAGAAUAUGGUGUGCAUGUAAACAAAGUUACUAAUAUCAGAUCAUGUCUGGAAUCAAACUGGAACUUCUGCGAGUAAGAGCUGCUUGUUAACAAUAGAAAAUAAAAACUAAUAAUAAAAUGAAGCUAUUCGCAUUCCAAAACAAAGUUUUUCUUAGAAGAAGAAGACAAACUAGAGGAAUGAUAUGAAGUUGCUUUAUGACUAGGCUAAAUAUUUGAGCCAUUACCAAGUACCCUCUGUUGCUGUCAAAACAAGCCCAAUGUGACUGAGACAUCAACACGUGUCCUCCAUGCAGUUAGUUAAAGUCAGGGGUAUUUCUGGGGACAGCUUUGGUAAGAGACCAACCAUUGAAAACUGAGACUGUCACACUGUUCACCCAGUAGUUAAAGCUCCUUAGAGGAACUUUUGAUAACUGUUGAUCAUGGCGUCCACUGUGGAAAAAGUUGCUAAAAUUUUCCUCCACAUGUGAAGUCAUGUUUUUUUGUCUUUUGUUUUUUUUUGACAGAAAAACGACCCUUUUGUCUUUUAACCUUAAAGUGUAUCAUGCAGUGGGACACUUACUCUUGGAAAAUGUACAUUAAGGCUCUUUUUAGUUUGAAAGCUACCCCCUCAUAGCAGUUAGAAACAUUUUAAAAAUGCAUGUAAUCUUCUCCCUCAUGGUCUGGUUUGCUUCUGCAGCUCAUAAAGAGGCAUCAACAUUUCUUUAAGUCUAUUUCUUUACCAGCUAAAAACUCCUCACUGAGACUUCAAUAAAAUACAUUAAUAUAAUAUAUGUUGUAAUGCUUUUAUUGGUAUCAGUACUCAACACAAAAUAUCCUAAACAAUAACUCCCAUCCCACUUAAGCUGAUGGACUUUUCUUAUUCUCUACAUUGAAUAAUUCAUAUUUUACUUCAUAAUUCAUAAAUAUGAUCUUUAAAUCUUAUUGUUUACUCCCUCCCUGUUUUCCAUUUAUUUUUAGUGUUUCCCUGACAGUCUUUACUUUCCAGUAAAGACACAUCCCGAGGUGUGUGUGUGUGUGUGUGUGUGUGUGUGUGUGUGUGUGUGUGUGUGUGUGUGUGUGUGUGUGUGUGUGUACAUACAGGUGCUUGAGUGUAUUUGUUUGUUCUGUGAAUUCCUGAGCGUGCAGCUGAACAGGGCCAGACUGGCAAACAGAGUGUGUUUUUUCCCAGGCGUAUCAGAUAGCAGUUCACUUCAGGGUAUUUAAUUCUUUUUUUUUUAAGGACCACAGUCUGGAUCAGGGUUUUCCAGGUUGGCAUUGGCACCGCCCAUGUUGAUCUAGACAUAAUUAAGAUGUUAGGGAUGACCCUGCUACCACCCCUUUCUAUCUUCCACCUCCACCUGCAGAGGGUAUUAAGGCUACAAUAGGAGGUGAAGUACCAGUGAUUAAGGCCUCUACCUGUUUGUUCUGAAUCAUUGACUAGGCUGAUCCCACACUCUGACAAAGAGGUCAGGAGCUGUUCAAGCUUUUACCUGCUGCUUCAUGGGAAACAGCAGCACCCACUCCUUUAUCUGAGCUCACGGGAGGAUGGUAAUAUAUUUGGCAUAACUGACUGAACUGAGCCGGGGCUGUCAGGGCUUAAGGUUUUCACCUCAUCAUCAUUGAUAGUGAUAUCAUUGCAACAUUAUGGAAAGCCUAGAAAUAUAAAACAACCUCAGUCAUACUGAGGUAAAGCAGGACAAAUGUAGAGCAACACAUUACUUCAUUAACUUUACUGAGUAAUUCGAUGAACUUACACGUCAUCAUCCAUUUCUAAUGACGUUCAAAUGAGUGAUUAAUCCACAUCAUCACUCUGUCUGAAACUUCAUUGGUUAAGACAUUAGAUAACAAAACCAUUGUUUGUCAUGCUUUUAUUCUGUUAUAUAUAUAUAUAUAUAUAUAUAGUGUUUUAGUGCUUAAUUUCAGGCUUUACGAGGUGAGAAAGACCUGAUGUGUGAAUGAAAAACUUUGCCUGUACCAUCAUUCAGUCAUUCAGUAAUUUCAGACCAGUUACAGUUUAAGAUAGCAUUUGAGAAUUAGUUAAUUAACUUUCACAAGUUUACUAAUUGGAUCUAUUCAAAGGUUCUGGAUGUUUCAUAAUCGAAAACUGGUGAUUAGCAUGAUUUAAUUUAACUUUAACAAAAGGUAUUGAGUGAUAGUUAGCAAGAGAUGAAGUGAAGUAUUAAAACACCCGUUCAGAGUUAUGAAACUGAGCCAUGUGACUUAUCUUCUUCUAGGAGAGAAUAACAUCCUUCAGAUAAUGGUGAAGGUUGUGAAGGGGGUCCGACCAGACCUUGGAGCAAUACCUAGAUCAAGACCCUCAGCCUGUGCAGGAUUUCUGAGUCUUAUGCAGCGCUGCUGGGCCACCAAACCUGAUGCCAGACCAAGCUUCCAGGGUAAACCAUGCCUCUCUAUUUCAGCACAUCUCCAACGUAACUUGAUCUUUAACAUAUCCUCAGAACUUACAGCAUUAAAAUGUGGGGGUCUGUUGAAUCAGGAUUUCUUCCUGCUUUUAAGCAGCUUUUCUCCCCUUUUGUUUCUCUUAUCUAACCCCUGUUGAUCCCGAAACCUGACCUGAGCUGUUGUCUUUUCAGAAAUCACCUCUGAAGCUGAGGAACUCUGCUCAAAACCUCAAGAAGAGCCCAAAACACCCACUUUAUCAACAUCUGAGCCAGAGCCUACAUCCCCAAGAGCACUCACAAGUGACCAGGUAUGACAAACACUGUGUGAUGUAAUAAUCUAGGCUCUUCUAGAAGGCCUAACUACAAGUUUGACUUACCUAUCUAAAGGCUUUCUGAUCUCAAUGGACCAUAUUAACCUUCCUAUUUAAAAAUGACUAAAAAAUUUGUCAGCAGUGAACCAUUUAUAAUUGCCAUUUAUUCCUCAUGAUAUCUUUAAAACAGACCAGAAUCUCUCAAUAUGUUGCUUCCCACCCUGGUAAAAUAGGAGCUUAUCUCUGAAGUGCUCCAGACAUGUUAAUGACCUUUUUAAGUCAUAUGUUGUGUAAAUAUUUGAUCCCCAGUCAGCACUUGCAUAACAAAAGAGGAAUGUUGACCGAUGGGAUUGUUGAACUUGUGUUCUGCUUUGUCAUUUCCGUCUUCACCAACAUGUACGUGACUGGAAACAGAAGUUUUACUGCUCAUGAUAGGUGACAGCUGUUUUUGAAUAACAGGCUGUGUUGAGCUUCUGUUUGUGUUCAAGGAAACAUUGACAGCAAACUGAAGUCCAGGAGAUAGAAACUGCCAACAUUCAGUAAACCAUUUCACCACUAAGAGCAGCUACAUGGAGCACAGUCUCCUCUGAAAACCUGGAGGAUUUAUGACCAAAUUUAAUCCAAAAGGCACCAUCAUUUUUUAACUAAUUACCAACACCUAAUGUUAGCACAUAACCAAUGUCUAGCUAACUCUACAGUUUACUUGCUGAUAUUACUGCAAGUUUAAAAUGUAGGCUACAAUGUUACACAAUUAAACUGUAAAAUUAGCCAGAUAGCUCAAAUUACCAUCAAGUCACAAAGUCAACUGCUUGCUAGCUAGCAUUAUGGCUCGUUCUGCCCCUAUUUCCAUCUUUAACACCAUUAGCUAAGUUGCUAAUACCACAGCCAAAUGGCUAACUCAGUUGUUUGCUAGUUAAAAUUAUUCGGGGCCAAGCACCGCUAAGGUGGUUUUAACAGUUUUGAACACUGGCGUUCAGAAUUUGCUCACUAUCACCCCCUAACAAUUUUUGAAAAUCCAGCUCCAGCAGUUUUAGCAUAAAAAGCAGAUUUUAUUCUACAUAUAUGCAGUUCCCUGACACUUAAAAAAGGAAUUGAUGCGGGAUGUCAGUUUUUUUCAAAAAUCAACAGUUUUUGGGCCAUUACUAGGGUUCUGAUGAGUUUCUUCUCAUGCAGCAUUCAUCCAAUCUGCGGUUUACAGGUAGAAGACACAAAUAAGUAAAAGGCGGUGCCCUUUGCAAGACCUUCGGUCUUUAACCAUCAGACAGGAGGUAGUUUUUUUUUCUCUGCCAUGCAUUCUCCAAUCUGACCCAAACUAAACUUGCAUAAUAGGGUCUAGGAUUGACCAAAUUUACAAAGUAAUAUCGCAUUCCAGUUGUGGCGCUGAACUUUGCAUAUAAAUGCGCUGUAUGAAAGGAAUUCAGGUUUUUUUUUGUAAUUCAGGUCAUCUUGCUCAGCAAAAACCAGCUUCAUCAGCUUUCAGCUUCCUGACAGUUUUUAGUUCGUAUUGCAACAUUUGGUUCAGUCAAGACGUUCAGUUCACACCAUAUCACUGGACUCCUCCGUUCAGUCUUUGUCUGCUGCGACAGUGCUGUGUUUCUGUAGUGAGAGACAAAAAUGACAGCAUUAUAGGACACUAAAAUUCACAGAAAUUAAAAAUUUUGACAAUUAUUUUUCAAUUUAACAUCCCUGUUCAAAUUUAAAAUAAUGCUAACAAUUAAAAAAAGAUUAUUGGACAUGGGCAAAACUCUUUAAUACUGUCAGUACCUGAUGAUUUGCAGCAUACAAGCAGUCUUAUCACCUUGUCUUUGCUUUUCAGGUUCGAGACAACAAGCCGGUGCGUCCAAAGUCAGCCAUGUUGCCAGAAAAAGACUACAGCCUGUCUGAGCUGCUGAGCCAGGUGGACUCUGGGAUAUCUCGGAGCUUUGAUCGUGUGAAGGAGGAAAGCUGCCAUAGUAAAGAAAACACAAGCAAGAGACUGUCUGGCAUCUCUUCAGCUGAUUCAGCCUUCUCCUCUCAGGACUCCAUCACUCUGUCUUUUGAGAAGGAGAGCACGUGUGGUAAGAGCUGGAUAAAAACCCACUGCUGUGGUUAUCAUUUCUGUCUAUCCAAAAACAGUUGCCUCAUACCCUUUUUCUCCUGUUUCAUCAGACUCAACUGAAGUCCAGAAGAGGAAGCUUUGUGAGGCCAUCAGAACCAAAGACACUGCCAAGCUGAUGAAGAUCCUACAGCCUCAGGAUGUCGAUCUCCUCCUGGACGGUGGAGGCAGUCUACUGCACCACGCCAUCACCUUGUCCAAUGAAGAGGCUGUCAAGUUUCUUCUCCUAAACAAUGCCAACCCCAACCUCGCAAACACCAGGGGCUCCACUCCCCUGCACCUGGCCACAGAGCGCCACCUGAAGCCGCUGGCAGAACUCCUGCUCGGUCGCCGCAGCACCAACAUCAACGCCAAGGACGAGGAUCAAUACACAGCUCUACACUGGGCUGCUCAGAAUGGUGAUGAGGCUAUCACACGCCUGCUGCUGGAUCGUGGGGCAUCCAUCAAUGAGGCAGAUGGUCAGGGACGCACACCAGCUCAUGUAGCGUGCCAGCAUGGACAGGAAAAUGUGAUCCGGGUGCUGCUUAGCCGCGGUGCAGAUGUUCGAAUCAAGGGCAAGGACAACUGGACGGCGCUUCACUUGGCAGCCUGGCAGGGGCACCUAGGCAUCGUGAAGCUGCUGGUGAAGCAAGCAGGCGCUGAUGUUAACGGGCAGACGACAGACGGGAGGACACCUCUCCACCUUGCAUCACAUAGGGGGCAGUACAGAGUGGCGAGGAUCCUGAUUGAACUUGGAGCCAAUAUUCACAGAAUGUCCACUGGGUUAAAUACGCCUUUGCACGUGGCGGCAGAGACCGGUCACACCAGCACCUCUCGCCUCCUGAUCAAACACCAGGCGGACAUCCAUGCCCAGAAUGCGCAAGGACUUACUCCUCUUCACCUGGCUUCAAAGAAGGGCCACUUAGCCACAGUCAAAAUGUUGAUAGAGGAAGGAGCUGACCCCCAAAGACCCAACCAGGCCUCACGUACCCCCUGCCACCUCGCAGCAGAGAAUGGACACUGUGAAGUCCUGAAAGAGCUGCUCCUCCACUGUCCAGGGGGUGACACUCUGUCAGACGAGCAGGGUCUGAGCCAGUUACACCUGGCGGUGCAGGGCGGAUACUCAAACAUCAUCACCAUGAUGAUGUUUCCACAGGACAGCCAGGACUUAGUUGUCGACAGCCCAGUGACGCCGACAGCUGAACAGCCCGACCAGCCUGAACAGCCUGAACGGCCAGAGGCGAAGCAGCUCCAGAGGAAAGUCGUCAUCCUCAAACUGACGGAGCACAGAAACAAAGACUGUCCUCAGCCUGCUGGCUCACAGUGUGCCUCAGCUCCCUGCUAACAAACAGAGAGACAACCAGAACUGUACAGAGAUGACUUUGGUGCCACUUUUUAUUACUCCCCUCUAGGGUCAUCCACAAUGUAAGAGACUUUUUAUGGACUUGAACGCCCCUCUUUUUGGUGGAAAAAAAGCUUUGAUGUAAAUUUGUACACUGUAAAUAGAAAGUAUAAACAUUGUUUUUUGAAUAUGGACAUUGUUUCCUUUUUUUAUCCAAACAAGCACAUUUUUGUACUAAACAAGCACAGACUUAUGAGGACACCUGUGCCCUGUGGUGCCUUUUAGUAUAUUUACUGCCUGUAAAUUAUAUUUGAUAAAGCACAAACUGGUUACAGAGCAGUUCAUCUUCAGAGCCAUGUAUGAAAGAUUAAGACUCAGUGUUCUGAACCUGUUACAUAUCAGUGCUUCAUCAUCCCAUUAAACCUUUUGAAACCUUGUUCUCUUUGACCUUGUUGCUUUUUGACCUUCCUCUUUUUAACACAUCCUUUGUUGGACAGUCCUUCAAUUUUAGUCAUAUUUGAAGAGUUUUUUAAAGCUCUGAUUUUUCAUAGCUGGGUCAGGCCACGCAAAUUUUUUUCAGGUCCUGCUGAGACAUAAGUCUUAAAAUCCUUUUAAAUAUUCUUGUGGUGAAAGUAGGCUGGAACUGAAGGCUCAUUAACCUCAGGUUAGGGUCAAUGACUACACCCAGAUUUCUAGCUAAACUGUGGGCUAAUUACACAAGCAAUAUUGAUCACUUUUGUAUCAUAUUUUCUAAUCUCUGUAACCUGUACAGCCAGAUUGAUGUCCUGACACAGUGUGUUACAAUACCCUGCAGAAAUCAUGUGAUGUGACCGCUUAAUAGGAAGCAGGAUGAGGUUAUGUAUCAGGAAAUGCAUUGUGUACAAGUUAAGAUCAGCAAGAAGAUAAAUCUUAACAUUUUUUCCACAGGGAGCGCCCAGAUUGAUGAAAACUAAAACUUCCUCAACCUCGCAAAGCAGAUAUAUUGGCCAGCUGGUUUCCAACUGGAAACUGCAAUUUCUGAAGAAAAUGGCUUGUAAAUGCUGCAUGCUGAAUGAGCUAAACUGCGUAUGCUGGUUUGAAGGAAUUGAAUAUGAAUUGGAAAUGUAUAAAGAAGUGAGGAUGUCAGUCCUGUGUGUGUCAGCCAGCACUGGGGUCAUCUCAAUCGCUUAUGUGUCUCCAGCUGUAAUCAAAUGUUGCCAUGGUAAUGUAACACCUGUCUGAUUUCCAUGUUUUUUUUUUUUUAUAAAUAAUUUAUUUGGAGGUUCACAUUACAAAACAGUGUAUAAAAAGGAUGCAUAAAAAAACUCACACAUCAUGUAUAUACAAAUAGAUGGAGUGUAUACAUACAGAGGAAAGAGAGAGAAAAAGAGAAUAUAGGUAAGGUAACCUUUUCUAUAUGUUCUGUCCAACAACCACAAUAAGUUUGCCCAGGUUUAAUUACCUCUAGACUCAUCCACCAAAAAGUCCAUUUUUAUUCUUGACCUCAGCUUCAAAAGAAAGACAGAUACCCUGUUUGCUGUAGAAAACCUUUGUUGAUCAUCUUUAUAUCUCAUCCAGAUUUUAAAGAUGGACAGUUUUGCUAUUGUUAGAGUCAGAUUUGUACAAUAUCUGUUACUUGCUGAUGUGGUGAGACCCAAAAUAAUAUUUGACAGUUCUACUCUAAAGGUGAUAUUGAACUGAGACAUAAGUGCAGAAACCUGGUACCCAGACAACGACAUGAAACAAACAUAUGUUCUGUAUCUUCUUUUACCAAACAAACAGCACAUAGAGUAGUGUUAUUGUUUGUCUCUGCCAUACAUUGCUCCACAUGAUGUUGUUUGUUUGGUCAGCUAGUGCAGCAUCCCAAUAUGUCUGCAUAUAUGAUGUCUUUAUUUUUUCUUUUAACAACAGCUCAUAGAUUAUCUUGCAAGUAUAGCCUGUCGGAGCAAUGUGUGCAUCAGUAUUGUUAUCUCUUAAUGUUAUACUGUUGUUCAGAAGUGGGAGCCAUUUUUUGGGAAUUGCCUUUCUGAUGAUAAAUAAUUUGCUAAUUUCUCUUAUCCAGUUUUGAAGCUUUGGUUUUUCCUUUACAGAUAGAUCUUUAAGAUAAACUAUGCCUCAAUCCAAUGUUUACAGAAAAGGGACUUCCCUCUAGAGUGCUCUAGAGUGCAUUCUUAAGAUAAGGAAAUCUUUACCUAGUCUAUUUAAAUACAAUUUGGGUAGCAGUUUCCAAUCUCCUGAUGAUGUAUCCAUGAUGCGCUUCACCCAGCCAGCAUGAAGUGCUUCUAUAUGAGAUUGAAUAUCCAACAUUUUUAUACCCCCUGUAUUAGAAUCUCCAAAAAUAACAGAUCUUUUGAUUUUAUCUCUCUUUCCAGACCAAAGAAAGUAAAAAAAACAAAGUAUUCAGCCUGACAGUCACAUUAUUUGGCACAUCACACACAGUAGCCCAGUACAGAACUUUAACUGCAAUCAAUGAUUUCAGAAUAGUUACUUUGCCAUAUAAUGUGAGAUUCCUUUGUCUCCAUAGAUUUAAAACAUUUUCUAUAUUAUUGAUUUUCUCAUUCCAUAGGUUCGUCUCACAUGAAAGUUUGUUAAACCCAAAAUAUACACCAAGUGAUUUUACAGGACCAGUUGGCCACCUUAUUCCACUGAUUUCUUUUGGCCUAAAUUUCCAGCAACCAACCCAAAUUGCUUCGGUUUUCUUUAAGUUCAAUUCAGGGCCUGCAACUUUGCCAAAAGAUUAUAUCAUUUCUAGUGCUGUAGUUAAUGACCUUUCGUCACCAAGCAGUAGAGUAGUAUCAUCUGCUACUUGUGAGGUUUUAACCUCAUGGGUAGUACUUCCAUCUGACAAAUUGAUACCAAAGGGCAACCUUGCCUAAUUCCCCAACUAAGGUCAAAGAAUUCUGAUGUCCAUCCAUUGUUGACUACUGCACUACUACAGCUUGUAUGAAUAGUUUGAAUCCAUCUUAGAAACAUACUCCCAAAGUUGAAUUUC